AUGUCCGCGUGUGUGUGCAGAGGAGAGAAAGCAGCAACAUUUUGGUUGACCCUUGAACCCAAGGUCCAGCACCACUCCGAAAGCAUUAGGUAAUACGGAGGAGGAACCGUUAGCUGCUGGUCGUUAUCCGCACGUGACGAUAAGAGUGUCUGGGGAAGUGGAUACCUGAGAACAGGUACCCACAAGCUUCUUCCCCAUCAGACGUCCGAUUUCGACCUCCGACCUCGACCUGGAGACGAUUGAACGUCGCUCCGCAAUUGCAAGGAACGAACAACGAUUCGUGAUUCGUAAGAGUCGAACCUUUGUGAAUAUGGGAACAAGAUUGCUGAAUGAGCCAACGUCACUUGAUGCAGUGGACUACGAUCCGAUCGACCAUCUGAACCUCCUCUUCUCCCACCCCUCGACCGUCUCUUCCAUCAGCCGAGUUUCGCAAACGCUCCGCGACCACAAAGAUGACGUCUCUUCCGAAAUCACCGAGCUCGAGCUCAACCAGGCCUACGGCGCCGACUCGAGCCUGGAGCGGAUGCAUUCCGCCCAGGCCGAGCUCGCCCAGCUGUUCCGCAAGAUUGAGACUGUGCGGUCCCGCGCCAUAGAGACCGAGCAGAACAUCACCUCCAUGACGGCCGACAUCAAGCGCCUGGACGGGACCAAGCGGAACCUGACGCUGAGCAUGACGGCCCUCAAGCGGCUCCAGAUGCUCACGACGGCCUACGAGCAGCUCCGCAGCCUGUCCAAGGCGCGCCAGUACCGCGAGUGCGCGAGCCUCCUGCAGGCCGUGCUGCAGCUCAUGAAGCACUUCAACAGCUACCGCAGCAUCGAGCAGAUCGCCGCCCUGAGCAGGGGCGUGGCCGAUCUGCAGCGCGUGCUGCUGGAGCAGGUCUGCGAGGACUUUGAGAUGGCGUUCGCCAAGGGGGAGGUGGCCGCGCGGCGGGGCAUGCUGGUGGAGGCGUGUCUCGUCAUGGACGCGCUGGGCGAUACGGCGCGGUCCAGGCUCACGGCCUGGUACGUCAACACCGAGCUGCGGGAGUACCGGCAGCUCUUCCGCGGCAACGACGAGGCCGGCAGCCUGGACAACAUUGGGAGGCGGUACGCUUGGUUCAAGCGCAUGAUCAAGUCGCACGAGGAAGAGCACGCCGUCAUCUUCCCGCCCCACUGGAAGGUCAACGAGCUGCUCGCCGUGGCCUUUUGCGACGGCACGAGGGAGGACUACAAGGGGAUCCUGGAACGGAGCAUGCGGCGGACCGACGGCCCCAAGCUCGACGUCAACCUGCUGCUCAGCUGUCUCCAGGAGACGCUCGACUUUGAGCACGGCUUGGAGAAGCGCUUUGCCAACGAGCCGCGGGCCAGCAUCGACACGCUGAGUUCUGCCGACGACCGGACGUCCAACUUUCACGGAUCCAUCUCGGCCGCUUUCGUGCCGUACCUAAGCAUAUGGAUCGAGAACCAGGAUAAGCAGCUCGCGAGCAUGAUCCCCCAGUACCGGAACCGAACUCGGCUCAUCCCCGAGGACGAAGAGUUCUCCCCGAACACCGUCAUCCCCUCGGCCAUUGAGCUUUUCCACUUCUACAAGCUCACGCUGUCCCAAUGCGCCAAGCUUUCCACGGGCGACAGGCUGUUUGAUCUCGCGAAGACGCUGGCGAAGUACCUGGACGAGUACGCGCAGCAGGUUCUCUUGUUUUUCCUGCAGCAGAGAGGCGGCGCGCAAGGACCGUCGCUGCAGGAUAUCAUCAUGGUCUUGAACACGGCCGAUUUCUGGUCCAUCAACGCCAACCAGCUGGAGCAGAACAUCAAAAAGAGGAUCGAUGCCGAGUUCAAGGAGAAGAUCGACCUCUCCUCGCAAGCAGACGCCUUUCUCGGCGUGGCCAGUGCGGCCGUGUUGGCGCUUGUGCGGACUGUGGAGCGGCAGUGCGACGGUCCGUGGAGGGAGAUGAGGAACACCAACUGGGCCACGAUGGAGAGCGUGGGCGAUCACAGCGCGUAUGUCGGGGAGCUUCUCAGAGCGGUCAACGAGAAGGCGGAGGAGGUGUUGGCUAUCUUGCUCAAGCCGCAGUAUGCACGGGCGUUCUGCGACAAUCUGGUGGAUCAUCUGGCGACGGCGUACAUCUCGAACAUUGUGCAGUGCAAGCCCAUCUCCGAGGUCGCUGCGGAGCAGAUGCUUCUGGACAAAUACAUCAUGACCAAGGCCUAUGAGAACUUGCUAUUAUACCACAACAAGGGAUCAGCGACUCCGCAGCCGCAGCCGCAACCACAGCCACCACAGCCACCACCAGCCGGAUACGUCAAACGGGUGACCCAGACGAUGAACAGGAUCGACCCUCUCCUCAAGACGCUCCAAGUGCGUCCGUCGCCGCCAGAGGGCCUGGUGCAAGCCUACCUAAUCCACAUCGCGGACCGCUCCGACAGCAACUUCAGGAAGAUACUCGAACUCAAGGGCGUCCGGAAACAGGACCAGACGCACCUGAUGGAGCUCUUCGCGAUCCACCGCGGCAGCAACACGUACGAGGGGAAGCUGGCGCAGAGCAGCCCGCUUCUCACGCCGCUGCUGAGCAGUCAGGGCAGCGGCCUGGCGAGCGUGGGCGGAGGUGGAGGCAGCGCCGGUGCCGUGGCGGGUUCCGCGAUGACGGGGUUGCAGGGCAAGUUUGACGCGUCUAGCCUGGGUGAGAAGCUGCUGAGCGCGGCGAGGGAUCUUGGGCAGGGUGCCGGGGGUUUGGAUAAGAGCGGCGCGGUGACGUCGGGUGUGGGACAGCAGGCGGAGAAGGCGAUGAAUGAGAACCUGAAGAAUUUCGGCAAGUUCUUUAGACGGGACUUGGGCGGGUUUGGGGCGCGGUUCGGGAAGAGGGAUGGUGGUGAGGAUGGGUCGUCUCGGUGAUUCGAAGGGGGGUUAGACUACCUUAGCUAUAGGUCUACUGUACUGAGCCAGGAUGCUAAUAUAGCAGCGUAAGGGGAAUAGAGGGGGGGCAUAGGUAUUACGGAGUGACUCUCCCUAAGGUAUUCAUACUUCUUCUCGU